AUUCAUAUUGCAGACUGCAAGCUAGGUUAACGCACUAACGCAAGAGUUCAUGGAGAUCGUUAGAGAGCGCAAUAGCUUGCAGAAGCAGAAUGAAAAGCUGCAGAAGGAGAGGGAUGAGAUGCAGAAGAAGCUGGAUGAGGUAGUACCAACAAUGAUGGGUCUUCAGGACGAGAGGAAUUCGCUGAAGACAAUUCUUUCAUUUGAAGAAAAGAACAGGAAAUUGUGCGAAGAACAGAUUGAAGCACAAGAUCAAGAAAUAAAGGAAAUGAAAGAGUCUGAGGCUAAGCUCAAAAAGAAUGUGAAGCUGCUGGUACACAUUGGGAUGGAGGACCAUAUUGCUAAGUUCAUCAACUCUAGCACUUUUAAGAACAUUUUCAAUCUUUAUCAGCUACCUACCACGAUCCUUGCCUUCACCGAUUGUAAAAAGAAGGUGAAAUCUCAAUAUCCCAAAGUGGAUGUAAUAAAGAUCACCUUUGGCGAACAAGAAGAAGAAGUGGAGGAAGACGGUGAGAGUAUGUCAGCUGAUUUCCAACCUCAGAUUAAGUUGAGGUGGGAUCAUGAUGAAGAAAGUCACAUUGUUUUUCCUCCUAAUUUUGACUUCAAGUUCGUUGUGGUUGAGGAAGGGGAAGCAAAGGUAAAAGGCAUUGAAGUUGAGGACAGCCAGCCAACUCCUUUAGUAGAGGUCCAUCCAGUUCCCUUAGAAGAAGAGUAGCCACCUCUUCAUGUAGAGCAACAGCCACCUCCCCCAAUAGAGUAGCUAGGGUUUUAUUUUUUGAUUUACGGUUUGUGUUAAAAUUGGAACAAUUUGUUGAUUUUAUAUUGAACAUUUUUGUAAUGUUUUUUAAUCAAUUCUUGGAUUUACU